AUGGUUGCCCUCAAUGAGCAAAGCCUGAGAACUUUCUGGAAAACCCAUCUGUAUGUCACGAGCGGAGUGGACUCUGCUGCCUCCCCAAGGGUGCCAGCCUCCAUUGAGAUGAAAUUCUCUAAGAGCUUGGCCGGUGUGCGGGAGGCCCGACCCCCACACCCAGAAUGCACAGCUGCUGACUGGGUGGCUUCUGAACAGCCUGCUGUUCCCUGGGGUUCUUCAAACCUGAUACCUUUCUCCCAAAAUACCCCUAAGGGGACCUGUGCAAAGUCAGUGAAGAUUGCCAUUGACACAGGAUACCGGCACAUUGAUGGGGCCUACAUCUACCAAAAUGAGCAUGAAGUGGGGGAGGCCAUCAGGGAGAAGAUAGCCAAAGGAAAGGUGCGGAGGGAGGAUAUUUUCUACUGUGGAAAGGGAGCCCAGACCCGGCCCGCCGCUGCCGCGACCCCGCCGCGACCCCCACAGCUGCCGGCAGCCCUCAGCGCGGUGGGCGCGGUGGGCCCGGCGGUGGCCGCGCAGAUGAGCGACGCGGUGGCGGAGAAGGUGCUCCUCCGGCGGGAGGAGUCAGGAUGGAAGAUUUGCCGGGAAGGCAAUGGAGUUUCAGUUUCCCGGAGGCCAUCUGUGGAGUUUCCAGGGAACCUGUGCCGGGGAGAAGGCAUUGUGAACUCGACACCAGACAGAGUGUGGGGCUGCAUGAAGCCGCUUGCUGGGACCCUGCGAGACAAGUGGGAUGAGAAUGUGAGCAGCUUUGAAAUUAUCGAAAGCAUCACUGAUAUGCUGUGCGUGAGCAGAACCGCCACCCCCUCGGCUGCCACGAAGCUCAUUUCCCCCAGGGACUUUGUGGACUUGGUGCUAGUCAAGAAGUGUGAGGACGGGAUGCUCAGUUCCAAUGCUGUCCACGUAGAACACCUGUUAUGUCCUCUGAAGCCAGGUUACGUGAGAGGGUUUAACCACCCUUGUGGGUGCUUCUGUGAGCCUCUGCCAGGGGAGCCCAACAAGACCAAGCUGGUCACGUUCUUCCAGACUGACCUCAGUGGCUCUCCGCCGAGUGUGGUGGACUCCUUCUUCCCCCGCAGCAUGGCCGGUCUCUACACCAACCUGGAGAAAGCAGUGAAGAGGCUUUAUGACUGAUGGCCUCACCUGCUGGCUGAGAACUCCAGAGACUCCCCACAGAGCUCCUCUUGUUCGGGUCCUGGAGGGCUCAAGGGCCAGUGUUCACCCUUCAGAACCCUCUUGGGAGCAGCUCAUCUCCAAGAAGCCAGCCAGAGUGGCCUCUGCCACCCUGCUCCUCCUCCAACUCGGGGCUGGUUUGGGGGUACUGCUCCAGGGCCCUGUUUGCUGGCUGUCACACCCCAACUUGGGCCAGCAGACACCAGCGGAUGAGCCUCUUUGUGCGAAGUCCCUGCCAGAGACUACCUGCCACUGCUCCCCCACCCCCACCCCCGCCCUCCUUUGUCAGAGUGAUCCUGGAGACCCGGAUCGAGUCCCACGUUGGGCUCCUGGUGCAUGGAGCCUGCUUCUCCUUCUGCCUGUGUC